AUGAAUACCAACGCACUGCGGACAUAUUUUAGGGCGAAAGGGGGAGAAGUAGGAGGUUUGGCAUAUCGGGCUAGGAUGCAUCGUCUUUUUGCUGAGCUGGAGCCAUCUAUACCCGUCACCGAGCAAAACCUGGCAGACCGAGUUCGGUAUAUCUUGCGCUCAAAUAUAUUUGAUGUUGCUGAACUCGAACAGCUACGACGUGAGGCUGUUCCUUCAUCGGGUGAAAAUGCUACGGCUGAGGAUGCGGCGCCACAACUUGCAGAGCAAACGGCAAAUGUGGAUGCCGCCGUGAAUACCCCAGCUCUGGUUGAUUCAAACGAUGAUGGAACAAUCGCUCAGAAACUGGAACUAGAGUAA